GGCGGCGCGCGCAGCCGUCUCGUGACGUCAUCGUCCCGGAAGGGCGAGGGAGGGGCAGGGUCCGCGGGGCCGGUCCGGUCCGCAGCGAGCGCCGGGCCCCGUCCCGGUACCGAGCGCCGGGCCCCGCCGCCAUGACGCUGGCCGUGUUCUUCGGGUGCACCUUCAUCGCCUUCGGGCCCGCGCUCGGCCUCUUCCUUUUCACCAUCGCCCGCGACCCGCUCCGCAUCAUCAUCCUCAUCGCCGGGGCUUUCUUCUGGCUGGUGUCGCUGCUGCUCUCCUCCCUCAUCUGGUUUAUCGCAGUCAAAGCCAGCGACCCCCAGGAUGAGCCAUUGCAGAAGGGGCUCUUGAUCUUUGGGGUGAUGUUCUCUGUGCUGCUGCAGGAGGCCUUCCGCUUCCUCUACUACAAGCUCCUCAGGAAGGCAAUCGAGGGACUGGUGGCUCUCAGCGAGGAUGGCUGCUCCCCCAUUUCCAUCCAGCAAAUGGCAUAUGUGGCUGGUGUGGGCUUUGGGCUCAUGAGCGGCGCCUUCUCCAUGAUCAAUCUCCUGGCAGACUCGUUAGGGCCCGGCACAGUGGGCAUCCAUGGGGACUCGCAGCUAUACUUCCUGACCUCAGCUUUUAUGACCAUGGUGCUGAUUUUCCUUCACACCUUCUGGGGGAUCCUGUUUUUCCACGGCUGUGAGCACCGGCGCUGGUGGGAGAUCGCGGCGGUUGUCAUCAUGCACCUCGCUGUUUCAGGGUCGACGUUUUGCAACCCCCUGUACGUGGGCAGCCUGGUGCCCUCCUACCUGAUGAUGGCCGCUGCUGCUGUCUGGGCUUACAUACUCUCGGGGGGAUCUGCCCAGAACCUGAGGCGCUUCCUGCUCUGUCUACGGAGCGGAGCCAGCCCUCAGCUGGGAUCCUGAGGCCCUGCGGGAUGUUCCUGUCCCAGCCACCCCUGCCCUCCCCUCCAUCCUGGUGGCAAAAGCAACCGUCACCUUCUCUGCAAUACCUUUUCUCCCGAACUGGGGGACCCCAGCCAAUCCCAGCAGGGUAGGCACUGGGGUCCAGCUGUGUCCCAGCUGUGGCAGCCAGCUGAGCAGCGUGGCUUUGGGAGCCCCAAGAGAACAGCUCUGUUAUGGGGAACCCAGCUUUGCUGGCCCUGCCACAAGCAGAGCCCCAGUAAGCCUGCUGGGAAAGAUGCUACCUUGGACUGCUGGAAGCCUGAGCCCAAAGAAACCCAUCGCUUCUCCCGCUGCUGCAGAAGAUGUGCUGUCCCCUGUGGUUCGGGGGGGCCGCAUCACCUCCUCGCUGCAGGGUGGAGGAAGUGGCUUUGCGAAGCGCUGCCACGCUCUGGGUCAGGGCUGACGGCUGUGGUGCUGCUUUCUCCACCUCUUUGUCCAGCCUCGCUGCCCUGGGAGCCACCACACUGGCGCUGAACCGCAGUAGCUGCAGUGAGCUGGCAUCCUGGUGCAGGGAGGACGGUGCUUGGGGAUCCGAGGGGACUGACAGCAUUGAGAACGGGAGGAGGAAUGGGAACACUUGGUGUCCAAAGGGCCUAGCGUUCACGGAGGAUGGUGGAGGGCUCAGGAGGUGAUGCAACGCUGCAGCUGCGGCUGGCACAGCUUGGGGAGGGGGUUCAAGGAGCCAUUCCAGUGGAUCGUUGCCCUCUCCUGCACUUCAAUGGGGAUUUUUAGGCAGGCACCAGCCCUGAUGCUGUGCCACAGGGCUGGGAGGGAGAAACUGCCAUUGGGCUCAGGGCUGAGAAGGCAGUUUUAUCCACCGUGGGCUUUUAUACCAAUAAAAAGAAGUACCAUAGAGAA